AUGGCAUUUAGAAAGAAACUAACACCAUCUCUGGAUAAACCAGUUGUUGAUAUGACUCUUUAUCUUCAAAUGAUAGAGUCAUUGAUAUAUCUAACUGCUAGUCGUCCAAAUAUCAUGUUUUUCGUUUGCUAUUGUACUAGGUUUCAAGCUAAUCCAUGUGAACCUCACGUGACAGCUGUUAAGACCAUCUUUAGGUAUCUCAAGCGACCAUCCUUAUUGGGAAUAUGGUACACCUCUGGUUCAGGUUUCUUUGUGCAAGCUUUUUUGGAUGCUGAUCUUGGAGGUUGCGGUCUAGAUAGAAAAAGUACAACGGGAGGAUGCCAAUUUCUUGAUGGCAAAUUGGUGAGUUGGCAAUCUAAAAAGCAAACCUACGUCCCCCUACGACUGCUGAAGUAG